UGGGAGUGUUUCACCCCCACCGACAGCUCUCCCUCCCCUUCCUUUUUUUCCCUUCAAAGUUUUCUUCGGAGUGGGGAGAGAGGUGGGGGAGGAAGAGGGUCCAGCCAGCCUCGGUCCUUACGCUCUCCCUGUCUAAUUUACCCCCCGCCUCCCUACCCCUCCAUCCCCUGCGCGCCGCUGCCCCUCCGGAGCAGCGCUCCGAACUGACAAUUGGAGCGCGGCUCCUUUAAGAGCCCGGCUUUGCCUCCCGGUAGCUGAAGGUCAUUAAACACAAAAGCUCUCAGCGCUGCGGUCCAAUAUAGCGCAUGCGCCCUGCCCGAGGACUGGCAGAGAGACGGCAAUAUGGCGAGAAUGCCUGGCAGCGGGGACUGUAACACCAGCGCGGGCGGCAGCGCCAGCGCCGCCGCCGCCGCCGCCGAGAACAAUGGGGAGCGGGGCGAGGGCGAGCGCGGUGCGGGGGGCCGAGGCCGCCGCCACGGCCGCCCGCACUACUGCAGCGCGGGCGAGGAGGAGGAGGAAGAGGAGGAGGAGGACGAGAUCCAGGAGGUGCAGAUAACGGGGGACGAGGAGGAGGACGGAGGUGGGGGGCUGGAGGAGGAGGAGGAGGAGGAGGAAGAGGAGGAGGAAGAGAUGGGUCUGGACUGGGACGAGCCCCUGGAGCCCGAGGACUCGGCCGGGGAGGAGCUGGAGCCGGAGCCGGUCCAUAUGAUCAAUAUGGACCAGAGCGCCGCGCUGGAGCCCGAGGCGCCGCCGCGGCUGCUGGCGCCCCGGGCCCGUGGCGGGCCGCCUGGGGACGGCGCCGAGCUGGACCCCGACGUGCUGCAGCGCCCCGAGCGGGCCCGGCUGAGCGAGAACACCCGGCUGGCCACCCGCUACGCCGUGCGCAUCUUCCGGGAGUACCUGAGCGAGAAGGCGCAGAGCCCGGACUUCGAGACCAUGGACAAGGGGGCGCUGUGCCGCGUGCUGCGCUCCUUCUACGCCGAGGCCCGCUCCAAGAGCGGCCAGCUCUACAGCAAGUCGUCGCUCAUAAGCAUCCGCAGCUCCCUCAAUCGCUACCUCAACGAGCCCCCGUACUGCCGCACGCUCGACCUCACCAAGGACCCGGAGCUGCGCAGCGCUAACCUGACGCUGGCCGCGGUCAUCCGCAAGCUUGAGGAGCAGGGCGCCGGGCCGGUGGUGCAGAAGCAAGCCAUCACGCGCGCCGACCUGCGCAAGCUCUACACCUCCAGCGUCUUCAGCACCAACACGCCCUUCGGGCUGCUCAACAAGGUCUGGUUCGAGACGUGCAUGUACUUCUGCACGCGCGGCCGCGAGAACCAGCGCGAGCUGGAGGAGGACUCCUUCGGGCUGGCCAUGGACGAGGACGGCCGCAAGUUCGUCUACUUCAAGUCCCUCGGGCCCUACCACAAGUCGCGCUCGUCGUCGUGGAGCAAGAAGCGCGCCGAGAGCAGCGACGAGGAGAACUUGCCGCGCAUGUACGAGACGGGCACCGAGUUCUGCCCCUACGCCAGCUUCGUCAAGUACCUGUCGAAGCGCAACCCCCUCUGCAAGGCGUUCUUCCAGCGGCCCCGGGACCACUGCAGCGAGGGCGAUGUGACCUGGUACGAGAACAAAGCCAUCGGCAAGAACUUGCUGGGCACCAGGAUGCAGAUGCUGUCCAAGGCGGCCAAGCUCUCCAAGACCUACACCAACCACUGCAUCGGCGCCGUCUCCAUCGCCACGCUCAACAGCAUCGCGGGCAUCGGCACCAAACUGGGCUCGCCCGCGCCGCAGGGCUGCUACGCCGAGGCUCUGAACGGGGCGGCUCGCCACCACUCCCCCCAUCCCCCCACCCAUCCCUCUCACCACCACCGCCCCCAGCCGCCCUCGCUGGGGAACACCUAUAUCCUCCCCAGAGACAGCCAGGUCGGGCCCGACGUGAAAUCGGAGGCUGCGCCCAAGCGCGCCCUGUACGAGUCCGUGUUCGGGUCGGGGGAAAUCUGCGGCCCCUCUUCCCCUAAAAGACUUUGUAUCCGCCCCUCCUCGGAGCCUGUGGAUGCGGUGGUGGUGGUUUCCGUGAAACACGACCCCCUGCCUCUUCUUCCAGAAGCCAAUGGGCACAGAAGCACCAAUUCUCCCACAGUAGUUUCACCUGCUAUUGUUUCCCCCACCCAGGACAGUCGGCCCAAUAUGUCAAGACCUCUGAUCACUAGAUCUCCUGCAUCUCCACUGAACAACCAAGGCAUUCCUACUCCAGCACAACUCACAAAAUCCAACGCACCCGUCCACAUCGACGUGGGCGGCCACAUGUACACCAGCAGCCUGGCCACCCUCACCAAAUACCCCGAAUCAAGGCAGAGAGAGACCAGAAAGGAAUUUUCUAGGCUAAUUACGCUGAAGGGAAAAGGUAAGGAGAAGGGAAUACAUCAAUCCAGUCACAACCCAGAGACCAAUGAGCCAGAUUAACAGAAGGGUGACACCUGCCUUCAGAAUGUUUUCCUCCAACUGAGCCCCUCCUCCCUGAGCCCCUCGGAUCAUCUCCAGAUGCUUGAAAGAAUGCAGAUUCCUUGUCUCCGGCCGCCAUCUGUAUCCCAGGAUGUGAGGGAAAUGAGCAGUUUUCAUUGGCAUCCAGGUAAUCCGCCUGCAUCUCCGAGUUUGGGCCACAGAUCUGCAGAGGAGGGCAGUGAAGCAGCAAUGCAUCCCCCUGCAGCAUGGCGGGGACAGCGGUGGUGUGGCUAGAGACACAGUGUUGGAGCGAGGCUUUUCUUAGUGCUUCUGGCUGGAUUCUCAGCACUUGGGACAAUAAUAUGGACUGUGCUCAUUUUGAUCUGUCGUGAUAAAUGGUGUCACUGGGCAACGCCAGCGUUGUUUUUGCCCUGUGUUCGUUAUUGUACUUUCAUGUUUCCUGCCUCAUCAUACAAGAAGUACUUUGAUAAUAAACUAUAUGUUCUAUUUACUUGUGCGAAAAAGUUAAUUCAUAGGUAUUUCGUAGAAGAUUCUGGUAAUUUCCUACAAGGUUAAUAUGUUCCACUUUACUGUGUUCUUGAGAACAGUUCCAGUAGAAGGGCUUAAAAUUGACAGUGUUAUUUUCCACAACCCAGCUCACAUAUCUCCUAUGACUUUGGUUCCUUAAAUCCUGUAGUUUCUGUUGGUCACAUAACUCUGAUUCUGGCUGAGGGCUUCGUUUGAGAGCUUUUUUAUGGCAAAUGAGAACCAACGUUAAUUUUAGGUGAAUUUCCAAAAGACAAACCACAUUUUGGCUAUGUAGAGAGCUUUGUGGGCCGAAUAUCACACCCCAGAGCUUGUGUCUACCAUAUAGCUCUUAAUUCCGUCUUCCCAGACCGCUAUGGUCUACUUUGCAGAGAGAUGAAAUCUCUCCGUAUCUCUCUGUGCAGGAUACAGCGAGGUGUCUAUGCUGUGUGUAUUCUUGCCUGGAAUAAAACAAUGCACAAGUUAUUCUCAAGUUGGGGGAGUCUUUUUUAUUAAGCCAAUGCAGAAAAUAAACUUCCCCUCCCUUAAUUUCUGAAGAGAAGCAUUUAUUCAAAACAAAAUCACAUGAUGUUAUAAUUUGCAUGUGAACUCUGAGGACUUAAAACUCUGAAAGUCACACUGAAGGAUCCCUUAUGGGUCCACUGAACACCCAGAUGCCCUCUGCUGAAACUUGAGCUGUGGUCUUAGAAGAGUCCGUUUCACUGCGUCUGCCAUGUCUGCCAGUUUGUUCUAUUAUCAGUAUAUAAAUAAUCCAUUAAAAUGCCAUUUCUUUUCAUUAGAAAUGCAGGAUUUAUUGACUCAAGUUGAUGAAUUAUCAAUAUUAUGCUUCUGAAUGGUUACUCUCAAGGUGCCUGGAGAUAGAAAGUAGCAACGAUUUGUCUCCAAAAUAGCAAGCUGAAGUGGGUGCCUAAUGCUUGACGUGUGGCUUCUGAAUAUGCCCAGGGUGGUCCUGGUGGGAGGAUGAGGGAUGUGAGAGGUGGUGAGGGAUGAGAAGUCAGUUGUGCUCUUACAAGGCGUAUGCAUUUCAUGUGGUCAUACUCCAAAGGCAGACACCCAGAAGUUCCAACUGGGUGGCAAUUCCAUUUGCAAAAAA